CUCAAAAACUAACAUUGCCUAUCUGCACCUGCCUAAACGAGAAAUAAGCAAUUUCCCAACAACGUUUUUAAAAAUAAAUAAAUAAAUAAAUGAAUUAACGGCGUUCAUUUAAAAUCUUGAGAUAAAUUAGUUUGAAUGGAAGGAAGAGUUGCUUCAUAGAGGCCCUGACAGGAAUGGCUGCACCAGUCUCAGCUCCCGCUCUGGCAAGAUGGCAACCACAUUCACACUCUUCCUCAGUGCAUUCUUUUACUUUUACUCAGGUUUCUAUCACCCAUACUUCAUCGAUCAAGGGAAGAAGGAAAUAUUUGAAAUGUGCAUUUAGUGGAGGAGCAGAGAAAUCCCUCCAAAGCACCAUUGAAAUGGAUAGGUUGAUAGAUAAGCUAAGGACAACUGAUGAUCGGAAGCAGCUUCCUGAGAUUGUUGCAGAAAACAUUCUGGCUUUUAAUUCAGUAUUUUGGAUGAGACUUGCAGCAAGAACUGAAAUCUGCGAGUCCCAGGAUGAUCAGGAAGAUUUUAAGGAUUUGGCAUCCUCCCUUAUGAGCAUUGUGGAUCGUGUUGUUCAGAAAGCAGAGGAAAGGGAACCAUCCAAUUUGCAGCAUGAUAAGACAUCAUGGAAUGGGGAGAAAAUAGAGUCGGCAACUGAUGUUUUGAAGGCAAUUCUAAAACCUAUAACCAAUGAAGAUGAAGAGAUUGUUUGGCCUCCAAAGGAUCCGCAAAGUAUAAUUUUGAUGAAAAAGGAACUAGUACAGCGGGAACAAGAGGGACAGUUGGAUGAAACUUUUCUUUCAGAGGUCAAUGCACAACUAGGGCAAGCAAAAACUGAUAAUGAUAAGCCUGGUUUAGUAGCAAUAUUGCAAAAAGUCUUACAACUUUAUGCUUCAAGGGUGCUCUCACAACGGAGCUAUGCUAAGAAAGGUGCACAAAUAAUCAAGGCGGAAGAGUUUCUUGAGACAAUAAUCAAAGGUGAUGAGGAAGACUGGAAUCGAUUAUUGAUUAGUGGAUUGAUUCUUGGUGGAGAACCAAUUACGUUAGAGGAACUUAAUGGUGUUAUUGAAAAGCGAAUAGAGCGAACAUUGAUGCGAACACUAAGUGGAUCUUACCAGCAAAGGGUUCUUUGCGAGUAUUUGAAAGAGAUAAAAUCAAGGGCUGAGUAUUUAGUUCAAGAAUUUCAAAAACGACAACCUUCUUAAAGAAAAUGGGAAAAUUGUGUAUUUAUAAUUAGUUGAUAUAAAUUUCAUUGAUUUAUUUAUUCACUUUUCUAAAAAGAAAAUUGACCCAUUAUGAAAUGUUUAAAUAAACCUUUAAUUUUUAUUAGUUUAAUGCUAA